AUGCGCACCAAUCAACAGACUUCAUCUCUGGUCAUCGUUAUUGUCAUUCUUAUCACAUUGGUGACUGUUUUAGCCGGAGAACCGCAGGCAAGCCUGCGCGACAUUGUGGAAACACCGACUCCGGCAAAAGUGAACGUCGCCGUCGUCUCCUUCGAUGAGUACUGGAAUGAGGUCGAUAACUCAUUAACGCGUCUUCUACCGUGGCCGAGAACGACUUGGAUUUUCAAGAACGGAGGUCUCAAAGCGUAUAUCUUGAGGAACGGCGCAGCCGACAGGUUGACCGUGGCGAUAGUUCCGAGUCUCCGCGUUGACUGGCGUGAGAUUGUAGACGAUGUAGGAAGGACGUUCCAUGGAAUAUUCGUGCGUUGGAUCGCCGCUCGGGAAGACCUGACGCUUUCCUUCGUGUAUGAGCCUGUUUCGGUGCUUCCGGCUUGCAUAGCGGGUACAUCGCAUAGAAACCACACCAGUCCGGAAGAUCUCAAUUCCUACCUUCAUGGCAGUCCGCUGUUGUACGACAACCGGCCGCACGAACAGAUGGGACUCUUAAAACGCUCCACGAAAAAAACGUCUUUGAAGGGCAAGGUGAUGAAGAUCGGGUGUGUGCGGUCGAAGCAGUUCGAGGACUACGACAUUUGCUCGGUUCAUUCCUACAUUCUUGACAUGCUCGAAGCGAAGAAUGUCUCCCUGGUAUACCAACUUGCCUCUGACUGGUGGACGGCAUGGCAUGACCUGUACUGCGAGAACACCGACGUGACAGUCCUUAGCGUCCCUUUCAACGUGCAAGUGCUUGCAAUGGCGACGUACAGCGAGAUUCAGAUGGUGUCCGAAACGUUCUACGCUCUGGCGGGAAACACGCAAGCCCCGUCUCUCUUUCAAACCACACUCCGGUCCGCAUCGACUGUCGCCAUGACUGCUGCGUCACUGACAAUUUGCGCAGGUCUCCUUGUCCUCACAGGCGGCCCCCCUUUGCGCGACAGAGCGCAAUCGACGACACUGUUUCUGUACGCCGUCCUUAUGGCUACGUCAAGGCCUUUUCCUGAACACCGCAGAUGGCCGAGAGUCCAGAAUGCCCUUUGCCUGAUCUGGGUUCUAGCCAUGGUUCCGCUUUCUGAGUACUUUCGGUGCGAACUGACGUCACUGGUGACAGUCGGAGUUCCAGCGAGCAACCUGGACACGCUGGAGGAACUGGAAGCCGCCGUGGACGCGGGUGCCAUGGUACCAUGCGUUCAGACCCGGUCGGCCACUCUCGACAGCCUCACGCGCUCGGACCACCCGACGACGCUGGGGCAAAAGCUGCGCGCGUCCCUCAUGAAACACCGGGAGAAGCUUGUAAAGGACAAUGUGCGCUCUUGCAUUGAUUGCGCCAAGAAGGUGAAUGGCGUGUGCUACGCACCUCGCUGGCCGCCGUCCUUACCGGUGUUAGCCCACGUCGCUGCGUUCUACGAGAACUUCAUAACACGACCCGCCAGCUUGCCCAUUCGUAAGACAUUCCCGCUGAAAGACGCUUUCAGAGCCUUUCUGCAGCGGGUGAGAGAGGCGGACUUACUCUCUUCUCCCCAGUGCAAGAAAGAUGGGAUUUGCACGCGUCGUUCUUCAAACGCAGAGUUCGCUUCUGACACCGAGAAGCCGCUGUUCGAGUUACUCGGCUUCUUUGGAUUCUACGCGGCGCUGCUCUCGGGUACCGGUGCCAUGCCUAUGCACGGACCGGGUGGAGUUGAUAAAGCCCGGGUGGCUCAAGAGUGGUUCUUGAAUGUUGGCGUGGUGCGUUGGCCUUCCGGCUUCGAAACCGCCGGCGACGCUGGUCUGACCGCGUCGCGGUCCACGCGCUCCGCGCCUCUGCUGUGGUGCCGACAGUUGUACAUCAUCCUCUGGAAGAACGUGUACGUGAAGCGGAUCAGCCGCCACUACCUGAACACCGUGCUCGAGGUGGCACUCAUGGUGACGCUGCUUCUGGGCAUCCAGGAGGACUCGGUGACCCGGGAGCCCCUGCUGCGCCGAGGAGACACCGUGUUCGACCCGAUCAACACCUCGACCUUCUGGAACACGCAGCCUGACAUUGCCCGCAUAGACACGGUUUACUUCGCGCCGAAGGGCAAGUACCUGUCGGCGCUCACGCGCUCGGCGUUCGCCAAGCUCAACGUGCACAAAGUGAUCGAGGUGCCGACCGAGCAGCAGCUGAUCGAGGGUGCCCGCGUCGACGCCAACGGCACGCUGCCGGCCACCAGCGUGCUGCUCUUCUACACAAAUUUCGUGGGCGUCAACGACACGGCGCCCGUGCCCCUGAGCCUGCACGUGUCCCUGUUCGCGGGACGCCUGCCUUUUGAUUUGCAGGUUCUGUACCCGCAGAGGCUCAUCUCCCAGCCCGAGGGACCCGUGGCCGAAGAACGGUUCCCGGAGAUGAACACCCUCUUGCCGAUUAUGGGGGCGCUGCAGCAGCGGCACCUGGAGUUGCAGGCGGACAGCGCGAGCUACGCGCACCCCAUCGAGGAGCUGAGGCUGCAGCGCUUUCCCUACCCGGCCUACCUCGAAUACAAGGACACCAAGAACUACGCGCUCGUGCUCACCCGGUUCUGCAUCGGCAUGCUCAUCCCAUUCUCCUUCUUCGUCGCUAAACUCACCGACGAGAAGGCGACCGGCAUGAAGGAGAUGCUGCGCGUGAUCGGGCUGAGCGACUGGGUGUACUGGGUGAGCCACUACCUGAGCGGCUUCUUCAUGCACACGAUCACCGUCACCCUCAUGAUGCUCUUCCUGUGCGUCAAGAGGAACGAAGAGGGUCGCGCCUUCAUCCAAUACAGCGACCCCUUCCUGCUCUUCACUAUCCUCAUGUGUUUCUGCAGCAACUGCCAGAUGCACGCCAUACUGCUGUCCAUGUUCUUCGGCAGCCCCCAGUACGCGAUCGCCGGAGCCAUGCUCUAUUGGACCUUCAGUUGCGUGAUGCCCUUCCUCACGCUGGAGCAGGCCGGCGGCCAGGGCUACUACUAUAUACAACGGAAGGACAAGCUGUGGACCUCCAUCUUUCCCGGCAUGAGCCUCCACUGGAGCUUCCGCGUCCUCGAGCGCUUCGAGAAGUUCGUCCCCAACGGAGCCAACUGGAGCAAUUUCUACGACCAUGCCGAGACGCCGGACAACAUCACGUUGGCCGAGCUCUUGUUCGUGGGCCUGGUGUGCGACUGUACCAUCGUCUUCCUGGUGUGGUACUUGGACAACGCGCUGCACAUCGGCCCAGGCGUCUCGAAGCCAUUCCUAUUCCCAUUUCAGGCCAUCUACUGGUUUCCGAGGACGUCGACUCUUCGGGCUCCGCCCAAGUCGAUCGAGGAACAGCCGAACUUCGAGGCAGAGCCGACGGACCACCCGGUCGCCAUCGAGAUCAUCAACGUCAGCAAGGACUACGACGGCGCCGUGGCCGUGCAAGACGUCUCGAUGCGCAUCUUCGAGAACCAGAUCACUGUUCUUCUCGGACACAACGGCGCAGGGAAGACAACCCUGCUAAACAUGAUUACCGUAAGCAAAGCCUACCACUCACCGAAGGUGUGUGCUUUUAUUCCAGGAUUUUUGAACUCCAGCUCCGGCGUCCUGCUCGUGGGCGGCUACGACGUCAAGACCUGCACGAGGGAUGCGCGCGACAGUAUCGGAUACUGCACACAGUACAACAUCCUCAUCGACGACCUCACCGUCGAGGAACACCUGAUGUACUUCGCUAUCAUCAAGGGUGUCCCUCUCGACAGGGCACGAAGCGAGGUGUUCAACCUCCUGCAGGAUGUGGGUCUUCUGGAUUGGCGAACGAAUCUCGCCGUAGAUCUCUCGCUGGGACAACAGCGACGGCUAUGCACGGCAAUCGCCAUUAUAGCCACGCCGAAGGUGAUUAUCCUGGACGAACCAACAGCCAACAUGGACCCUGACAGCAGGCGAGAGAUGUGGGAGCUGCUGCUGAAGGUGCGUCGAACCUGCUCCAUAUUCCUCACCACUCAGCAUCUGGACGAAGCGGACGUGCUCGGGGACCGCAUCGUCAUCAUGGCCAACGGACAGAUCAGGUGCGCUGGCUCUCCGACUUUCCUGAAGCAGCGGUUCGGCACGGGUUACCACAUGAACAUUUACAAGCUUCCCAAUUGCAACGUGACGGCUAUCGAGGACCUGAUUCGCAAGUACGCGCCCAAGGUCAAGCUUCAGAGCGACUCUGACAACGAGGCACUCUUCACGCUGGGCCACAUCAUUGCGACCCGAAAGAUCGUCUCCAUGUUCAAGGUGCUCGAGCGCCGGAGUACCGAGCUCGGCAUCGCCUCCGUAGGCCUAACUGUGACGUCACUGGAGGACGUGUUGGUGCGCGUGGGCGAAGAGCCGAACGUCCACCAACGCAAGGUCCCAAACGUGCCGACUCCACUGAGCGAGGAGCCUUCGUUCAUCGAUGCCAAAAUGUCCGCAAUCCGGAUCAUGGCCAGCACAACAGCGACGGAACCCUCGCUGUUUGCGUGCGUCUGGGCCGUGCUGAGCAAGCGGGCCACGUACAUGUGGCGCGAGAAGAAGAUGCCCCUGUUCAGCUGGAUGCUGCCGCCCCUCCUGCUCACGCUGCUCUUCUUCCUCGAGGACGCAGGCCUACGCGGCAGCGGCUUCGACAUCGAGCACGAGGGCGACAAAGUCCGCUACACCUUCCCCGAGGUGGUCGGAGAUGCCGAGCUGAAGGUGUGA